CAAACAUAGAACAUUCAGCAUUCAAAGAAACGAAAACCAAAAAGGAAAAGUAAAAUAAAAAUUAAAACCGCGCGAAGAAGCACGUGGCUACCAACCUGUUUUCUCUCCAGUUCCCAUAGAAUAAGCAAAUCAGAAAGUACCGAUUACGAUAUCAGAAAAGCAUUGGAGAGCAGCGCGCAGACCAGUUCUGUCUUUCGUUCAUUCUCCGCUCAGAAACUCUCCGGAAAUAAUCAAACAUGGCGGCAGCGUCGGCGACCUCAACCGCUACUCAGUCGCAGCUCUCUUGCUUCUCCUCAAUCAACCGAAGCCUCCACCAGCUUCAUCUCCACCGCCGCCGCUCCAUCUCCUUCCCGUCCUCUCCCCGUCUCCCCAAGUUUUCGGUUGUUAUGAGCGCUGGAGGCCGCGCCACGGGGACUCCGGAUUCGGAUCCUUAUAAGGGUUAUGAAUCGGCGUCCAAAUCCAUGCCCUACGGAGAAGAGACCAACGUAGAGGAGAAUAGUAGGAGCGCUGAUCUGGGCGUGGAGAAGAAGAGUGUCUAUGGUUCCGCCAUGAUCCAUGAUUUCUGCUUUGGCAUUCCCUUUGGGGCUCUUGUCCUGAGUGGUGGGAUCAUUGGUUUGUUGUUCUCAAGAACUUAUACAACGUUUAGUGGGGUGCUAAUCGGAGGUGGUUUACUCGCAUUUAGCACUUAUAGCUUAAAGAUCUGGAGACAAGGGAAGUCAAGCUUGCCAUUCGUUUUCGGACAAGCUGUGCUUUCGGCAGCUCUUUUAUGGAAGAACGUUGAGGUUUAUUCAUUGACCAAGAGCCUCUUUCCAGCAGGAUUUUAUGCUGCCAUUAGUGCUGCAAUGCUGUGCUUCUACAUCCAUGUCUUCAUCUCCGGAGGCAACCCACCACCAAAGAAAUUGCAAUCGUGACUUGUCUUGCAAGAGGACAUGACUUUCUAGGGCGGUAGAAGAUGGCCUGGAGGAUUGGUUGAGGUUCUGUAACUCAAAAGCAAAGGUUAGACAAGAAAUAUGCAGAAAGCCUGGCUGAGUUCUGCAAGGUAAACAGAGUCGGAAGAGUGAAAGAACUUGCGAUCUAAGAUUUUAUGUUCAUCAACAAUGUUGGAUGUCAAGGUUUGGAGCAGAGUUCUUUUGAGUUUAGUAGACAGAAUUUGAAUGUUAUAAUUCAUGAAUCUUCAUAUCUUUGUGGACAGUUAGUCGUUAAUUUUGCACCAAAAGAGCUUUGGUCUAGCGAUACUCGAAGCACAACGGUAAGUCACGCAAAGCUCAAUAAGAC